AUGCAGCAAGGAAACAUGGUGAAGCCUGUAAGGUUUCUUAAGAGAAAGCACGUAUAUCCAUCGAAUAUUGACACAAUGAACGUGUCUAGGGCUGUCCAAGUUUUCUCGCCACCGGUCACUGCGACACUUGAGGUGCUGAAAGAGCAAGCAGGCCAUACAGCUGACAUAAGGUUUGCAAGUGUGAGUCCCACAGUUCAGUUCAUGGAAACUGUGCACCACUGGUUCCUGUUGAUGGACGUCAGCAACUGCGUCCAGCACAUUCACCAAAAGUUGCCAGACACCAAACAGUACGAGACCGCUGACGACAUCCGCCUGACCUGGCUCUUGACAUCUUUUCUUGAAUAUCUUGAAGAGAUGAAGAACAAGUGCACACAAAAGCAGUUCCUUAGCAAGGAAACAUACCAUGCACUGGUAAUGACUACCAAGUCGAAUGUGGUAUGUGUGAAGUACCUGCUGGAAACUUCCAAAUUCAAGUUCGUGCUGACAGGCAAGCUUUCAUCAGACCCAAUAGAGUCCUUUUUUGGAUGGCUACUAAGAUCUGCUGGCAGCAAUGAUCAGACAGAUGGCCAAGCUGUUCUUUCUGGGAUUGAAAAGGUGUUGAAGAAUGGUAUUAUUUCAGCUUUUAAAAACAGCAACGUAGUUGACACCACAAGUCAUGCAUCAGGAGCACUGCAUAAUGCUGGAAAAUCAAGAGACGACCACUCGGGCCGCUUUCCAGCAGAAGCAACAAGGCUGCUUAAAGAUCGGCUGAAAAAACCAGCCAGCCUUCUUCCAACAGUAGACAUGGCAGCCACCUCGAUGGUAGGAGGCUACCUGGCUCGUGUCAUUCAAGAACAAAUUGACUGCAGCAGCUGUAUUUCGCUUGUGCCAAAGCCAUCUUCUGCUUCACCAAGCGACAGUCUGAUCCGACAUCAGGACCGAGGAGGGCUCCUGUACCCUUCCCGCCAACUUGUACACGUGCUACAUGCCUUGAAAAUGUACGUUGAGGUGAUCCUGAGCAAGAGAAGAAACCUUGCAAAGACACUGCAAGAAGUCGUCAAUAAUGCUCUGCCUGUACUGGCAAACUGUGGAGUUUUGAAGUGUACCUGCCCUGAGCACCACCUGCAGCUCUUGAAGAUUGUCUGCACGAAAUAUUUCAGGCCAAUAUUAACCAAUUAUGCAUUGUCUGUAACAGACGAGAAUGACAUGGCGAAGACAUUCUUUGGGAAGCCACUCUCCCGGAAACAGCUAGAGCUUUAA